AUGGAGUCACUUCCCUCAGACAUCGUACUAGAUAUCGUUUUUCGGGUUCCCGCAGAAUCCGUUCUAGAAUGCAAAUUAGUUUGUAAAACUUGGGUAACUCUCAUCCGCACAAGUAGCUUUACUAAUAUGCACCUCAGUCGCCAGCUUAACCAUCUCCAUGAAAAUGAUGACGACAGCGGUAAUGACAAUCUAUCUGCUAAGGGGGAGUCGUCUCUCUUUUUUGCUUGUCGCGUUGACAAUCAAGACGACUAUCCAACUUUACUUUUCCAUGGAGGACAAUUAAGUAUUGAUGAGAAAUACAUUUACAGUGAAAAUCUGAAAAGGAUCUAUUAUACUCCUAAGCAUCGUCAUCCUUUAUCCGGUCACUUAGUUGGCUCCUGCAAUGGUUUGGUUUGUACGUUUCAACUCCAGAAUUUUAUGAUGGAUCCCAUCUGUAUUUGUAAUCCCCUUACCAGAGAAUAUGUUCAUCUUCCUCAAUUAGUUGUAAAGAAAGAAAACAUCCAUCUAGAUUUUAUUCGUAUAACUAGAAAACAGGUUAACAUGCAUGAGCAUGUGGAUUUGGUAUAUGUUCGAUCAACCAACGAAUACAAGGUUGUUAGAAUCCAAUACCUCGGAUUUAAACAAGGAAAUGUUGAAGUGUACACACUUGGCAGUGGUUGUGGGUGGAGAGUGACAGGCACAGUUUCAUAUCGAGUGCGGGCGACGUUGUUCGGGGGUGUGGGUACCUAUACAAAUGAUGCUAUCUAUUGGGUUUCAUCCAAGAAUGUCGUGGCGUUUGACUUGGAUGAUGAGGAGUUUCGAUUGCUAACUGCCCCUUCUUGUAUGCAAGACAUUAAGCAAAAAGAUAGAUAUGGACUUGUAGCACUGGGAAGGCGUUUGUGCCUUUACCCAAAUCAAGCGUGGAAAUCUGGUCCUUGA